AUGCCGAGUUUAAUAUCAAGUAAUUGUUGGGUGUGGGGCCUCUGUGGUACUCCUGAUGCGCCCCAUGCCGCAUUAUCUGUAUCCGCUGUUAACACAGAGAGCCGCGGUGUGGGGAUUAAACAGAGUCAGCUCUCUGUGAGCUCACAUAUUGUAUCAGAAGAGGAAUUGUUAAAAGCUGUUAAAAAUAACGAGUCACUACGUUUAGCCUUCACCCUUCAUUUGACAGAAACCACCUCUGUCCAAUGGGAAACAAUAAUAUGGCGUGGUACACUUUAUAUAUGUGUACCAAGUUGUUUAUUACCUGAAGGAUCAAAAGAAGGUUUUGUAUCACUAUUGGAAUAUGCUGAAGAGACAUUACAAUGUCACAAUAUUGUUGUUUGUCUUCGUAAAGAUCGUACUGAUAGAGCCAUGUUAGUUCGUACUUUCAUGUUUCUUGGAUUCACUGUACUACCACCAAAUCACAAUUUAAUACCACCACAAUGUGAUUCUGGUAAUCUCUACAUGCUUUACACAAUGGAGUAAUUGCAUCAAAGGGACUUAAAUUUAUUAACACAUUACAAGUUUAAUUGCAUAUUUAUUAUAAACAUUUUUCAAAAAUAUAUAUUUACAAUUUUUAUUUUGCUGUACGCGCCCUUGUGCUACAGUUUUCAGUUAUGAAAACUGCUUAAGCAGCAAUUUUUCUUUUUUAAUAAAAUCAGAAAUACCAAAAUAUUAUAAAACAAAUUAAUUAAUCAAAGAAAAUAAUAUGCAUUAAACUUGAAUGAUUAAUAAGUACUUUACGAAAACAAAAUAUACAUAUUGAAAAAAAAAAAAAAAGUAUAUAUUUAGUUGCAAAAGGUAGGGCUCGUAAAUAUUAUAAGCUUCAAUUAACAAUUCACUUUGUGACAAUAUAAUAUCAAUUGUCAAAAUGAUAAUAAGCUCACAGAAGAUUUGAAAAAAAAAAAUAUCUGUUUCUCCACACUAUUUUUAAAUGGCUUCGAUAAUUCAACUUGCACAUUUUUUCUUGAACAUCUUUUAAGCCAAUUAUAUCAAGGUUAUUAUUUCGAAAAAAAAAAAACAAUUGCGCAUUGAAUUUAUCAAGUUAUUUUUAAUAUUCUUACUUAUUUAAAUAUCGUUAUUAAUUCGUGGCAGAUUGAGAAUUUUUAUUUUGACUUAUUCUAAGUAUUAUCUUUUCACUCAAUAGAGUGUUAUGUAUUUAUAGUUUAAAAAAUUACAAUGUAAUCAAUUACUUUGUAAUUUUUAUUUGUUGUUAGAAAAUUUUUACCCCAUUGUAAACUACAUUAACCGAUGAUUAUUAUAAUUUUUCUGCUUCUAAUUAUUUGCUACUAUUAACCCUGUUUUUGAUUUAUAAAUUCUUGUCAUUUAACUUUAUCAAAUAGUUAUUAUAAUUUUGUUAGAAUUAAUGGUAAUCAUAGUAAUUCUCAAUCGAUUAAUAGCGAUAUUUACAUUUGUAAGUGCUACUCUGUGUUAAACCAUACAGAUACUUAAUAUUAAAUGAAAAAAAUUUAUGAAAAAUACAAAAAAAAUGUAAAAUUUAUGAAAAAAUACAAAAAAAAAAAAAAAAAAUUCUAGUAGGAUUGUUGGAUAUUAGAUUUUAAGUAGAUUUAAGUGCAAAAAAAAAAAUGGUAAAAUAUUCCAUGUAAAUUUUGAAUUAUUACAAAUUAAUAUUGAUCAAAUUCAAUAUUUAAUUAUUUUUUUUCCAUUCUAACACCAUCCCUUUAAUUAAAAAACAAAUGAUUUCCCUUUGUCAAAUUAAUUUUCUUUUCGACGUUAAUAUCUUGAUUGAUUCUCAAUUAAAUUCACACAUUGCACAUACUAAUAAAGUACAUUAAAAUGAUUUUAAAAAAAAAAAAGAUGUUUUCAGGUUUAAAAAUUGACUAAAAUUGUUACUUAUUUUUCGGUAAAUAUAUCAGAUAAUAAAUGUUUAUUUCUUUUUGUUUUUAUAUUUAGUAAAUUUUAAGUAUUAUAUUAUACAAAUUAAAAAAACAAGAGAGAAAAAAGAGAAAAAUACGUCGACAUUCAAGAAGAUCAAGCUGUUGUUUUUUUAGUCCGUGUGAAAAAAAAUAAAAAGAA